UGAAGGACACAGUAAAGCGCAGCUGAUAAGCGGCUUUAAUCGGCUAAUUUGGCCCUGCAGUGGCCUUUUGCUGGAGGUGAACGCACCGGAGCUGAAAACUCCCGGACACCGAAACACUUCCCGGGAUAUGACUGCAGACACACUCCGGCUGCUCUCGCCACUCUUUGAUCAAAGGACACACAGAUUUCCUCCUCGACUUUCCAGUGAUUUAAGCGUCUUUUAGCGCGUUGGGUCGAUGUGUUUUUGCAUGUUUCACGUCGUAAAGAAGAGGGGACGCGGAACUUUUCAGCAGCUGUUUAAUUAUUAUAACGUAGGGGUGUCUUAUUUAAUCAAAGCAACCUGUUUCCUUCCUGUUUUACGCACAGUUCCUCUGCGUAAAGAACUCACCAUGGUAGAUUGGAUGAGGAGAAGCGACAGAGUGAGCAGCUGUUUAGUCAUCAUGAGUUAGGGGCGUCUUAUUUUGUAAAAUCAACCUGUUUCCAUCCUGUUUUGCGCAUUUGUUUCCAUCCUGUUUUACGCACCGUUCCUUUGCGUAAAGAGCGCACCCGGGCUUCUUUUUUUCCUCCAUGACGACCCCACAGUGCGGGGACAAGAGUGCGGCCCGGGUUCCAUGAGAGCCCGCUGGCCGGACCGUGGGGCGGACAUGGCUGGGAACCUGAGCGAAGGGGCUCCAGAGGAGGCGGCCUCUGGGGGACACAACGUGCCGGCUCUGGUGUUCGGGGUGCUGCUGAUCGUGGUGAUCAUCGGCGGGAACCUGCUGGUGUGUCUGAGCGUGAUGACAGAGAAGGCGCUGAAGACCACCACCAACUACUUCAUCGUGAGUCUCGCGGGGUCGGAUCUGAUGCUCGCGGUGCUCGUGCUGCCACUCUUUGUGUAUUCCGAGUUCCAGGAUGGCGUGUGGACCCUCAGCACCUCCGUCUGUGACUACCUGAUGACCAUGGACGUGAUGCUGUGUACCGCCUCCAUCUUCAACCUCUGUGCCAUCAGCGUCGACAGGUUCAUCGCCGUGGUCAUUCCUCUGAACUACAACAGGAAGCACGUGGACAUGCGGCAGACGGCGCUGCUGUCGGCCACCUGGAUCGUGGCGCUGGCCGUGGCCUCGCCCAUCAUGUUCGGCAUCAACAACGUGCCAGGCCGCGACCCCACCGAGUGCAAACUGGAGAACGACAACUACGUCCUGUACUCGUCCGUGUGCUCCUUCUUCAUCCCGUGUCCCAUCAUGCUGCUGCUGUACUGCGGCAUGUUUCGAGGCCUGCGGCGCUGGGAGGAGGCGCGGAAAGCCAAGCUGAAGAACAGCAUCCUGGAUUGCCGCAAGCUGCAGGAGGCCGUCUCCUCGCUGCCGCCGCUCGCCGCUCUGCCGCCGCUGCUGCCACCCGUCAUAGAGAGGGAGCUGACGGACAGUCCGGAUGAGCUGUCCACCUUCCGGUCCUCGGACAAGCCCUUCCCGCCCUCGGAGUGCAAAGACGGCCUCGUGCACACCGUUAGCUUUGCAGAGAUCAAGUACAACCAGGAGCCUCGCCGGAGGAAGACGGCCAAGAUCAACAACCGAGAGAGGAAGGCCAUGAAGGUGCUUCCUGUCGUUGUAGGUGCCUUCCUGUUCUGCUGGACUCCCUUCUUCGUCCUGCACACGAUGCGAGCUCGCUGCCGGGAAUGCUACGUGCCGCCGGCCCUGAUGAGCGUGGUGACGUGGCUCGGCUACGUCAACAGCGCCCUCAACCCCGUCAUCUACACCGUGUUCAACACCGAGUUCAGGAAGUUCUUCAAACGGUUCCUGCACAGCUGCUUCUCCAAGAACGCCUCAUAAAGACUAACGUGGGAAGAGACCCUUUUUUUUAAAUUGCAACGAGACUCUUUGGAAGGUGGUUUGGAGUCCGUUUGUGUCGCCAUUGUUUCCGAGCUUUAUGAUUUUUCUACGUGAGCAAAGAGGCCGAGGAACAAACUACCUCAAACCAAGAACUGAUUUUAUAUGUUGAAAUCUCUUUUUAGAAUAAACGUUUUUAUAAAGAAAAGGCUGGUCUAUAUAUCAGUAGAGAUGCAUUCACUUGUGUUGAGAACUAUGGGAUAUAUGAUCCUGUACCAUACAGACUCACAGACAUUCAUUUCUCUUUUAACCAAUUAAAUGUAACCUCAAUCUCCAGCAGCCAAUCAUCGUGCUGCAGACAAACUUUAACAUGGCUCUCCUCUCUGCUGCAGUCAGCUGAGGCUUCAGGUGUUUUUGCUUCGGUCCGCCUCCAGCCCCUCCACCUCCACUCAUUAUGUCUAGUGCCCAGGAGAGCCCAAAGACAUCAUCACACCUCCUCUUCUUCCCCUCUCCUCAUCAAAUCCAGAUCUUCAUCCCCACUAGUGUCUAGACCCCAAAGGAGGUUUCCUGUUAUAUUCACGGCUGCACUUCCCCCUUCAGAUAUACGAUAUAAGGAUCGGGGUCUAAUCGACAAAGACUAUUAGCCUUUCCAUCAUAUGGCGCAUGCGUAAAUUAACGUUCUUCAAACAAAAAACGAGUCUCUCCUGAUUUAAAUAGACUCUAUCUGUAUCCUGCAGGGCAGAUAUGUCUGGAAUGUCCACAUGCUUUUUGCAAAUUAUGUGUAUUUUAGU